AUGGCUUGUCUCCGUAGCUUCUCAAGGAGAAAUCUCUCCCCAAAAUGGUUUUGCAUGACCUCAAGCCCUGCUGUUCUUCAUCAUAUCAAAGAUUAUACCGAAUCCAGUUUAUCGGAUCCAAGUCUUCUGAUUCGUAGAUUUCACAGGCAAGUUUUCUUUGAAGAUAGAACGAAAAUGUCUUUUGCUCAGCCAGUGAGUUCUGGAGUAUUGCUAUGUAGAAGACACAUGUCUUCUUCUUCUAGCAAACCAGAAGAAUCGUGCAUAAAGAUUGAUGCUUUUGGAAAUGGUGUUGAGGAACUUGUACCUGAGAAAUCUGUGGAAGCAAUUGCCACUAAAGUCUCUAUUAUAGAUGAGUGUAAUUCAGCAAUUGAGAAUCUUUCUUUCCCUGAGGACUGCGUGCAGUAUGUGAUUAAUGGAAUCCAUGAGCUUACAGGCUUCAAUUGGUGGAUUUCAAUUGUUCUUACCGCUUUUCUGGUUAACGGACUCAUGUUACCACUCUCUGUGCGGCUUGGGCGACUAGCUUGGGAAAUACAAGUUUUGAAUAGGAGCAUUCAGAAGGUGAAGAAAGUGAUACAGACUUGUGAUCCUAAAGCUCUUGCUAAAUACAAAAGAUGGGAAGCUGAGUGCACGGAAAAAUUUCGAGAAAGUUGCUUGUCUUUCCUGAAACUAAGCUUUCCUAAUGUUUUCAUCACCGUCAGCUUCAUCAAUGGGAUAAGUGCCAUGGCUAAGAAGAUCCCAGGGUUUGAAAAUGGUGGAAUCUUGUGGUUCACUGAUCUUUCCACUCCAGACAACUUCUCCUUUUUACCUCUAGUGACAGGCUUAAUUUUCUGGCUGACAUCAGAGACCUCUCCCUUAAGCCGGAAAAAUCUUUUAAUCAGAAUGAAGAAACUCCCUUUGGUUACCAUUAUCUUCAUCGUACUCCAAGAUACAUAUGGAUAUGAACCGGUAAAGCUAUGCUCUUAGAGCUUUGAUCUUUACCAUUGUCUUGAAUCUUGUGGCGCCUCUCAGUUUUAUGUUUUUUGCAGGCUGUCUACUUUUUACGUGAUCUAUAUAUCUACACAUGUUUCCUGAGUAAGUCCCUCUCUCUAGAUAAACUCUUAUAUUGCAGAAUAUACAACUUCCUUA